AUGAGCGUAAUUCCUCGUACUACGCUCCAACCAGUGCCUGAAAGCAUUGCUACGGAACAUCACACUAGUCGGUAUACGGGCACCCCUGGUAGUGGCGGCAGUCAAAGCGGCCGUACCAUGACCAGCGGUAGUCGAAUAUCGUCGAGGAGUCGUGCUUCGGACGAACCUCAUGUCGGCAAGUAUCGUUUGUUGCGAACGAUAGGCAAGGGUAACUUUGCCAAGGUCAAACUCGCCAAACACAUGCCUACCGAUCGCGAAGUGGCGAUAAAGAUCAUCGACAAGACGCAACUGAAUCCAAGCAGUCUGCAAAAGGGACCCGUGGGUUUGCAUGUCAGGGUGAGAAUCGUUGUCGGCGAUGUUGUUAUUAGCUUAGAAGACGAUCAAUUGGAGGCUCAUUUUUAA